AUGAGUCUACAAGUUCCCUUCAGAAACAAGGGUGGUCAAUCCCAGACCACGAAAGCUGUCAUCCUGGUUGGCGGCCCUUCUCGAGGGACACGGUUCAGGCCUCUUUCCCUGGACGUACCGAAGCCGCUCUUCGAUGUAGCAGGCCACCCAAUCAUCGAACACUGCUUCCGCGCAAUCACCAAAGUCCCCGAGAUCAAGGAAGUCUUCAUCGUGGGCUACUACGACGAGUCCGUCUUCCGCGACUUCAUAAGAGACUGCGCAAAGGCCUACCCCGACAUCACAAUUCGUUACCUUCGAGAAUAUCAGGCGCUGGGCACAGCAGGCGGCCUCUACCACUUCCGCGAUGCCAUCCUCAAAGGCCGACUCGACCGCUUCUUCGUUCUUAACGCCGACGUAUGCUGCUCCUUCCCCCUCAACGAGAUGCUCAAGCUAUUCGAGGAGAAGCACGCGGAGGCAGUGAUAUUGGGCACAAGAGUGAGCAACGAGGCCGCGACGAACUUCGGUUGCAUCGUCUCAGACGCGCACACCAAGCGCGUACUGCACUACGUCGAGAAGCCCGAAUCCCACAUCUCCAACCUCAUCAACUGCGGCGUCUAUCUCUUCUCGACCGAAUGUAUCUUCCCCUCAAUCAAGUCCGCCAUGAAGCGACGCACCGAGCGGCCCCGCCUCUUCUCGUACCCCUCCUCCGAGAACCUCGAGUCCUCGUACAUGGAAGCGCAGGAAGACGAAGACGGCGAGAAGACCGAAGUCAUCCGCCUCGAGCAGGACAUCCUCUCCGACCUCGCCGACAGCCGCCAGUUCUUCGUCCUCGAGACCAAGGACUUCUGGCGCCAGAUCAAGACGGCUGGCUCCGCUGUGCCGGCGAACGCGCUCUACCUCAUGAAAGCGUUUCAGUCGCAGUCAGAGGAGCUGGCUGCACCAUCUGCAAACAUCAUCCCGCCCGUGUUUAUCCACCCGACCGCUAAGGUCGAUCCGACAGCCAAACUCGGACCUAAUGUCUCGGUUGGCCCGAACGCGCACGUUGGCGCUGGCGUCCGCAUCAAGGAGGCCAUCGUCCUCGACGGCGCGGAAAUCAAGCACGAUGCGUGCGUGCUGUACUCCAUUGUGGGCUGGAACAGCAGGGUUGGCGCGUGGGCGCGGGUGGAGGGCACGCCGACGCCGGUGACGAGCCAUAACACGAGUAUUGUUAAGAACGGGGUCAAGGUGCAGAGUAUCACGAUUCUGAGCAAGGAGUGUGCGGUUGCGGAUGAGGUGAGGGUGCAGAAUUGUGUGUGUUUGCCGUAUAAGGAGUUGAAGAGGGUACGUUUUGAUGAUUUUAAGUGA